CUCAGCCCGUGGAGGUGGCCGCAGGAACCAGAUGCUAGGAUCCAAGAUGCUGCCAGACCAUGGCUCCUUGGCCUGAGUUGGAAAAUGCCCAGCCUAACUCAGAUAAGUACAUCGAAGGCACCACCGGUCAGCAGUCCACCACAAAAGGCAAAGAGACUGACAGAAAUGCCACCAGCUCCCCUGACGCGAAGAUUGAACUUGUGCCAUCUUAUUCCACCACGGCACUGAUAGAGGAGCCCAAAGUGGACCCCUGGGACCUGCCGGAGCUUAAGGACACAGGGAUCAAGUGGUCAGAAAGAGACACCAAAGGGAAGAUUCUCUGUGUCUUCCAAGGGAUUGGGAAAUUUAUUUUCCUUCUGGUAUUUCUCUACUUCUUCGUGUGCUCCUUGGAUGUCCUCAGCAGUGCCUUCCAGCUGGUUGGAGGAAAGGUGGCUGGGCAGUUCUUCAGCAACAACUCUGUCAUGUCCAACCCUGUAGCGGGGCUGGUGAUUGGGGUGCUAGUGACCGUCCUGGUGCAGAGUUCCAGUACCUCCACGUCCAUCGUCGUCAGCAUGGUGGCCUCCUCACUGCUGACUGUGCGGGCUGCCAUCCCCAUUAUCAUGGGGGCCAACAUUGGGACCUCCAUCACCAACACCAUCGUGGCGCUCAUGCAGGCAGGAGACCGGAAUGACUUUAGAAGGGCCUUUGCGGGGGCCACCGUCCAUGACUUCUUCAACUGGCUCUCUGUGUUGGUGCUCUUGCCCCUGGAGGCUGCCACCCAUUACCUGGAGCUCCUGACCAACCUGGUAGUGGAGUCCUUCCGCAUAAAGAACGGAGAGGAUGCCCCAGAACUUCUGAAAGUUAUCACAGAUCCCUUCACAAAGCUCAUUAUCCAGCUGGAUAAAGGCAUUCUCAACCAAAUUGCAAUGAAUGACGAAACAGCCCAAAACAAGAGUCUGAUCAAGAUUUGGUGCAAAACUUUUAGCAACACGACUGAGAGGAAUGUUACCGUCCCCUCGCCUGAGAACUGCACCUCCCCUUCCCUCUGUUGGACGGAUGGUUUGUACACCUGGACCAUCAAGAACGUGACCCACAAGGAGAACAUUGCCAAGUGCCAGCACAUCUUUGUGAAUUCCAACCUCCCAGAUGUUGUUGUGGGCGCCAUUCUGCUGGUACUCUCCCUGCUGGUCCUCUGUACCUGCCUGAUCUUAAUUGUCAAGCUCCUGGGCUCUGUGCUCAAGGGGCAGGUAGCUCUUGUCAUUAAGAAAACCAUCAACACCGAUUUCCCCUUCCCCUUUGCCUGGGUGACUGGCUACCUGGCCAUCCUCGUGGGGGCAGGCAUGACCUUCAUCGUUCAGAGCAGCUCUGUGUUUACGUCUGCUAUGACCCCGCUGAUCGGUAUCGGUGUGAUAUCCAUCGACAGGGCGUAUCCACUCACGCUGGGCGCCAACAUUGGUACCACCACCACCGCCAUCUUGGCUGCCUUAGCCAGCCCAGGCAAUACUUUGAAGAGUGCACUCCAGAUUGCCCUGUGCCACUUUUUCUUCAACAUCUCAGGCAUCUUGCUGUGGUACCCAAUCCCAUUUGCCCGCCUGCCCGUCCGCCUGGCCAAGGCGCUGGGCAACAUCUCAGCCGAGUAUCGCUGGUUUGCCGUCUUCUACCUGGUCGUCUUCUUCUUCCUGAUCCCCCUGGCGGUGUUUGGCCUCUCGCUGCUAGGCUGGCCGGUGCUGGUGGGGGUAGGGACGCCUGUCAUCUUUGUGAUCAUCCUGGUGCUGUUCCUCAAGCUCCUGCAGUCCCGCUGCCCACGCGUCCUGCCCCAGAAGCUCCAGAACUGGAACUUCCUGCCGUUGUGGAUGCGCUCGCUGAAGCCCUGGGACAAGCUCAUCACCACGCUCACCAGCUGCUGCCAGAGGCGCUGCUGCUGCUGUUGCCGUGCCUGCUGCCUGCUGUGUGGCUGUGCCAAGUGCUGCCGCUGCAGCAAGUGCUGUGAAGACCUGGACGAGGCGCAGGACGUCCCUGUCAAGUCCCCCAAGGCUUUUGAUAAUGUGGCCAUGGACAGAGAGGCCCAGGAUGGGGUCCGCAAGUCUGAGGCGGAUGCCUCGGGCGCAAAAACCACUGUCAGCAUCACAGCCUUGUAGGUAGGGGCAGCCUGGAGGCGGGAGGAAGGCCCAACUGCCCGCACGGGAGGAGCUGUUCCCCACUGAGAGUUGACAUCCAUCCCGAAUCGCAUUGCCUUGGCCCAGUGUAUCCGCCCGCACAGCAGUUUCAUCUCAGCCUCGUGCUUCCUGGGUCUUUCAGGCCCGGGAACAGCACUGAAAGAGAAUUAGCUAGUGAGAGGUGACCACACCUGCCUCCACACACAGCUGGGUUGGUCAAUAGGACUUUUUUCCACAUCAUCCUCUUCCAAAGGAAAAGCCCCAAGGGAGGAAUUUAUGGAAGGUUCUCAAAGGUGCAUAUUCACAUACGCUUUUCUUUAUUGUGAUCCAGCUCAGACAUCUCUCUUUUACCAAAGGCCAGCUUCAACCAAGAGCAGCUGCUCCUCCACACAUCCCAGAGCAGCCCAUUUCAGGGGGAAAUGGUAUAAUUGGAGAAGACCAUAGGUGUGGGCCUUUCCCCCUUCUCAGUGCUCCCCACAUCUCCUGUCAGGGUUUUCUCACCUGGGCAGGGAUGGCUAGUCCCAAGAGUUCACCUGCUGUACCCUCAAGUUUCCAGAAUGGUAGCCACAUCUGAGCUACAGAGAGGGAUUCAGAGAGCUUUGGCUCACCCGGCACUCCGGUCCUGUCCCUGAGCUAGCAGAUAAAAGUAUGAGAGCUGGGAAAUGGGGACCAUCUGGGGGAGAUGGUACAUCUGCCGCAAAGGCCCUGGCUAAUUUAGAAGCCAAAUUGGCAGGCAUUCUGGCUAAAGCGUAGUACUGAUAAAAAAAUCAUUCCUACUGAGUCUUUUGGAAUAAGAUAUGCAGGUUCUGAGUCCCCUCCGCUGUGCCACCUUGAGUCAUAGGAAGCACCUGAGCAUGUGUCUAAGCUCUGUCUCUUUCUGGUGUGUGCAAAUGGCUAGCUCGGUCAGCUUUCGGUGGUCAGCUUCUGUCCACACAUCUGCCCGUCCAUUUAACCAGAACCUCUUUCCCAGCAUUCUCCCAUAUUCCCACAGAUAGAUGAACUUUGAUUUUUCUGCCCUCUCUCCAUGCCUGCAAAGCACAAAACUGAGGGCAGAAACCAGGGCAUGGCUAGACUGCCCACAGGACCAGGGUCAUCAAAUGGCAGUGGGGUCCAGGUGUGUCUGUGGGUCGAAGGGUGUUCCUUCUCAUCCCAGAUGCCUUCUUUGUGCCUUCAAGAGCCCCCUGUUGUAUAUACACAUCCUCUUUUGUUCUCUGCAGAGAGUGAGUGAGCUUCAGCUGAGUCUGGGAAAGGUGGUCAGUGCAGCCAAGCUCCCAGACCCUGCCCUCCCCCAUCCUAGCUUCUCCAUCACUUUCACAGGUUGUGGUACCAAACUGAGCCUUUCCCUGACCUUCCCUGUAUAGAUACUGAUUCCUAAACAGCCAUUUAUAGUCUAUAUUUAUACUCGUGCAACUGUACAGCAUUUUUCAUAAGUUACGUAGUAAAUAGUUCUGUGAUUUGUGUUAUGUAGCGUUCUCAGAAACAAGGCCAGGUUCUACUAAGAAAGACCACCUUUGUAUAUUUUGUAAUACUGCCCUUUCAACAUGAUUCUGCAGCCACACCCAUGCCACACACUCUGUAAAUAAGUGAAACCUGGGCAGGGCUGUGGCUCUUUUUUUAAAAAUUGGAUCCCUGUAUCUGCAUUGAUUGCAUUUUUUUCUUUUUUACUGGUGUGAGAAGUGAGAAAAAACCCAAAAGGGCCUCCUGGAUCUAGUUCCUAAAAAUUUGAGGUCUUUCCCUCAUUUAAUGUCACUACUCUCCAAGAGCACCAGCCACAUAAUUUGUGGAGCCCCUUGUUCAAAGAGUGAGGAAAGUGCCGUCGUAGGUACUAAAAAUAUCAAGCUUUCCUUUCUUUCAUGGUCUCUCUUGACUUGUCUUUUUAAAAAAUUGCUAUUUAGUGCUAUUCUAAGUUGAAAUUUUUUAAGUUAUUAGCAUGAAUUUUAUGGCUCCUCUUUAUAUUGUGUGGUGCCAGCUUUAAAUGCAAAUGAGGACUUUUUAACUCAGAGGCAGUAUUGCUGGAAGUACACAACUCAUACUUUGUAGCUCGUACACGUAUUUUGCUCUCACCAGAACAGCAAAGACAUGGCACAAAACUCCAUUGUUAUAAUCUCUUUUCUUCACUGUGCACGUUCUGCUGACAUUCCCUACCUUACUGAUGAGUAAGAAAGCGAUGGAAGGGAAGGAACUCCAGGCUGCCCUUUCCUUCUGUGUCAGUAUUUUCAGCCUUGAGUGGAUUGCUCAUGGAGGGAAGUAACACCAGUGAGGAAGGAUGUGAUAAGUCUUCUUAGUUAUUUCUUUCCCUGUAUUUGAAUAGAAAGCGUGGCCUCUUGGGGGUGAUCAGUGCCCCUGCCUGAUGUGCAGGGGCACCGACAUAACACACCUGGAUUUGAGUCUUUUGCUGUACUUGCACUCAAGUUCUGCACUCAUGGGGCAUUGCGGAUGCUCUAUGCAGAUGACUGGCGUGGCAAAGAACGGCGGGCACACAGUGCCCGUUUGGCCCUGCUCACACACAUGCUCCACUGCGUGUUAGACUUAGCUUACAAAACUAAGUUGAAAGAUAAAAUUGUUAAGAAUCUCAGGAUCCUGGGCUUCCCCCGGUAGCACAGUGGUUAAGAAUCCACCUGCCAGUGCAGGGGACAUGGGUUCAAGCCCUGGUCUGGGAAGAUCCCAUAUGCCGCGGAGCAACUAAGCGCAUGCACUGCAACUACUGAAGCCCGUGCACCAAAAGCCGGGGCUCUGCAACAAGAGAAGCCACCCCAAUAAGAAGCCUGCACACAGCAAUGAAGAGUAGUCCAUGCUCGCCGCAACUGCAGAAAGCCUGCGCACAGCAAUGAAGACCCAAUGCAGCCAAUAAAAUAAUUUUGCUGCAUUUAAGUAAAUUGUGAUUGGGUACCACAGGAAGACGCCUGAGAUGCUGAAGAAAAAUGUGGCACAGGGCAAUCUGAAACUCAUUUAAAUAAAAAGAAUUUCAGGAUCCUGACAGCAGAGCAUUUCAGCCAAGAAUGAGGCCCUUCUGUGUGACUGCAAGCCCACGAAGCUGGCCCUGCCCACCACGCCAUGUCACUCUAAGCGUUAAGGGAGGGUUGAUUUAAAUGAAAGAAUGUGAGCAGCUCUCUAGGAGCUGAAGCGUUGUGCAGAGGGUUGGCUCAGCACUGUAGAGCGAAGCUAAAUUGGAGUUUGGGAUCAUUUAAAGAAUUGCGUUCCACCCCUGGUUGUGUCCUUUACUAGCAAACCUACUAGACCUUUUCAAUGUCAAUUUCCUCAUCUGGAAUGUGGAACAGAAACCCUUGGCUUCCUAUGGUUAUUAAAAUGAGAUAAU